AUAGCUACGGAGGGAGGCGGCGGCCAUCUUGGCAGAGGUGGCGGGGCGAUGAGCGGCUCGAGGCCGAGGGUGGCGGCGCCAGGCCCCGAGAAGAAGCCGCCGCCGGGAAGCGGGGGGGUGCUGAGCCGGCUGCGGGGGCGGCGGGGCUCUGGGGACGCGGCGCCGCGGGCGGCCCUGCCCCGCUCAGAGUCCGAGCUGCUGGCGCUGGAGACCGUCCGGCCCGAACACGUCCUGGGGCUGGGCCGGGUCACGGAGAAUUAUUUAUGCAAACCUGAGGACAACAUCUACAAUAUCGAUUUCACCAGAUUCAAGAUCCGGGACCUGGAGACAGGAACAGUGCUGUUCGAAAUUGCCAAGCCUUCUGCUUCAGAGCAAGAUGAUGAGGAUGAGGAUGACAGUGGAGAAGUGGACACCAGUGCAGGCCGCUUUGUUCGCUAUCAGUUCACCCCGGCAUUUCUCCGUCUCCGGACAGUCGGUGCAACAGUGGAGUUUACAGUGGGAGACAAGCCAGUGUCAAACUUCCGAAUGAUUGAGAGACAUUACUUCCGGGAUCGCUUGCUGAAGAACUUUGACUUUGAUUUUGGCUUCUGCAUCCCCAGCAGCAGGAACACAUGUGAACACAUCUAUGAGUUCCCCCAGCUCUCAGAGGACCUCAUCCGCCUGAUGGUUGAACACCCCUAUGAAACCCGUUCAGACAGCUUCUACUUUGUGGACAACAAGCUGAUCAUGCACAACAAGGCUGACUAUGCCUACAACGGGGGACAGUAACCAUAGCGUUCAUGUCCACUGGACGCUGUGCUAUCCCUAACCAUUCCAGAUGUGCACAAAGGGAGAAGUGCUGCUGUCUCAUGCACCAGGGCCUCUUGCUGAACCUUUCCUUCACCCAUGGACUCAAAACAUGAAGCAAGAAGGCUGAGGUGGCAGUUUGUGACAGUAAAGGAAAUCUCCCUGCAACGCUCCCCUCCCUGGCAUUCUUACGUACCUUGCCUCUGGCUUUCUCUCUGUUUCUGAUGGUACCUUGUUUAGGUUUUGGAUCAGAGACUCUAAGGCUCUGCUAGCAGAUUAUUGAUGUUAUGGUUUUUGUUGUUAGGUUACACCCUGUGCCACCCAGUGGGCAAACUAUUUCUCAGUACGAGAAUCUGCUUUCUCCAAGUAGCCAGUGGAGCCUGACAGACAGAUAACCUCUUUACUGCAUAAUGGUUCAGUCUGUCUGAAUGACUAAGACUGGCACCCAGUGUGCACCCCUGCUUCCCCAUCCCUCACGGGGAGAGUUACAAGAAAGGAUGAAUCUAGCUUUAAAUGGUGCAGGAAUCUUCCUUCUGCUUCCAGGGACCUGGGCCACUCCCAGGAUUCCUUAAUCUGUUACAAGUAUGUCUUGCAAGGGAUUUGAAUUGAGGUUCAGCAUGUUUGAAAAGAGAGAUUACACUAAAUUGGCCAUUAAAUCAACCUGCCAGACUCCCUACUCCUUGAGCUGUUGUUAGGGAAUAAUUGGGUUACGAGUGGGGCUCAGCCUUAGGGCUGAAGCUAAUCUUGCCACCUUCAUUUCCCCUGCAUCUGUGUGAGAGAUUUUUCUGCUCAAGCUGCACUGUGGGGAUAGGAGGUCUGUCCAUUUAGCUCUUUCUUUGGAGGUUGGGGGAGAACCUGGAGAGUCACCUGAAGAACAUUCUGCUUAGCAGGCAGAUCUUCCCGGGCUUCAGUCUUUUUAUAUAUUUUUAAACCCAUGUGACACUUCAGAGGUAUUCUAGUAAGAGGCAAUGGUGUUACCAGCUCAUCGACUUUGUGUUGCUUGGGCCAGUGCUUAGGGUUGUGCUAGUAUUAAACUGAGCCCGAAAUGCUGCCCAGAUCAGGACAUUCAGGCACUUUUGGGAGGUGGCUGCUUGUGGUGAUCCAACAGGAACUGACAUGAUUUUAUCCUUAAACCAUGUGGAUUUGGGCCUCUGCCAGUGUUUGACCUAUUUAGCUGGAUCAUUUUAUAUUUAAGAUUUAGAAAACUUCUAAUGACUUCUUCUGUGGAGAUAAUUACUACAGCUAUUAGAGCAGCCAAACCAAAGUGUAUGUUUCAGACCUAUGGAGCACCUGGCAUUGAAGAUGGGAAGAAAUAUUUGUGUCAGGCACUGACACAAUAUGUGUCCCUGGCAGUGAAGCUGGGGUCUAGCUCUCUGCCACGCAAAUGUGCACUAGUGAAAUGCUUAUCUGGGUGUCAUAUUGGAUACCCUGAUCCACUGAUACCCCUGCCAUUCAUUCGCACUCCAGCCCUACUGCUGAUCAGGCCUGCCUCUUGUGUCUAACAGCUUGGCCUUAUCUAUGCUAGACAAGUUGAUCGGUGCCAGUAUCGUUUGGUCCCCCUCAGACAGUGGAAAUGCACGUUGUGGCCAUACACACGCUGGCUGCAGCUGGUUCCCAGUCGUGCUAAGUAAUGUCCAAAGUAGACUGUGCUUUGUCAGGACUAAAUAUUGAUUAAAUCACAAUUGUAGGAAUGUGGAUGUUACAACCUAGGGCUUGUUAAUAUAUACACCGUAAAAGGAAGCCAUUGUUCCAUUUGUGUGGCAGGAGAUGAAUACCGUUAGCACUAGCACAGAGAAUCAACUAGUUACAAGGUAACAGGUGAGAAUAAAUGUGGGAUAAGGAUCAUGAAAGAACCUUCAGUUAUAGGGGAGGAUGUUAAUGAUGAAUGAUACCACAAAUGCCUUUUUUCCGUUUUGGAGAGGGCAUUAAUUUUGGGCCAUCACAACAAAUACCUUGGGAGCAUGAAUAGAAUAAAGGUGACCAGGGUCAAGAUGUGUGUGUAUGGCUGUGGCGUUAGAAAGCUGGGAGGUAAAGAACAGUUCUCCUGCCGUUUGUACCCAUCAGCUUCCCCAGGGACGUGCAUGUAACCCUAUUUGAUUGUUAGUUCAGAAUCAGUAGAGCUGGUGUAUCUUAAGAAAGGUCUCUAGUUCUUCUUUUGCUGGAGCUGUCUCCAGAGCUCCUUGCACUGUGCCAUGGUGAUACUGAAAGAUCCUUUCUCACAUAAGUACAUCAUACUUCUUUUGAGAGGACACAAUUGCCCCAGAAAAGUGCUUUCUGUCCUGUUGUGUUCCAGGAUGCUCAAGAGAGGAAUGUCUAAGGAGAUAACUAGUUAUUCCCAAGGAGCUGGUGGGAAAUCUAGCUGAACUUGUGUGUAGUAUAAAUCCAGGUGCCUUUAAAUAUGACUUUUGUCUAAUUCUCUGUUUAAAGCAACUAUUUAUUGCUUGUUCUUAUGAAUGUGAUGGUCUGUAUUUGUUCCAAGUUUAAUGGAUAAUGAGGUAGUCAGAAGGGAUGUGUUAUCACCUGAGCCAGCAACAGGGAAUAUUCUAUACACAAACAUCCCAACAUGUAUAAGAUGUAUUAUCAAAUCUUUAAAUAGUAUCUAGUGUAGGUAGGAGGAUUUGGCAGUGGUUGGGUGCCAUCUAGCUGCUGUUUUGCAGAAUACAUCUGCCUAGCAUGAGUAUGUUCCUGGAAAUGAGGGACUGGGUAUUAGCUGCUGAAGAAGAGUCCAUUCCAAACUGCAGUGGUCAUCUUGAGCACUCAGAGAUCAGGGCAGAGGAAAGGACUGGUGCUCUGGGUAUCUCACGUGUGAAUUGCCAUCUCCUCAGCAAUAAGAAAGGGAAAACUGAAGAUCAUAACAGGUACUUCUCAGUUGGAAAAGAGAGAUGCUGCCAGUUGCAUUGGUUUUCCAGAUUUAAAAGGCUAGCUCCAGAAAGGAAUGCUGAGAAAAAAGCUCAUCAUAUAAGAGGGCAACACUAUACGUGGGAGAGUUAGUCAGGCAGAGGAAGUUUUGGAUAAUAAUAAUUAAUGGAGAUAUCCCAUCUCCUAGAACUGGAAGGGACCUUGAAAGGUCAUCGAGUCCAGCCCCCUGCCUUCACUAGCAGGACCAAGUACUGAUAUUGCCCCAGAUCCCCAAGUGGCCCCCCUCAAGGAUUGAACUCACAACCCUGGGUUUAGCAGGCCAGUGCUCAAACCACUGAGCUAUCCCUCCCCCCCACUGAGCACAAUCCAUUAUUCCCUCUCUCCUGGAUGCUGUUAGCUUCUCCUUUUAGAAGAGGGUCUGUGGAGUAUUUCCCUGCCCAUGGUAAACAUGAUUAGCAGAGAAUCUUUUCGCCUUCAGUCUGCGUCCUUUGCUGCUGAGUACAAGCUCCUCAAACCAGGGAGGAACUGAAUAGGAAUCUCCACGCAUUCUUCCCCCUCCCCCUUCAAAUGGACUGUCCAUUUCCACGUGGUAUAUAUGUGUACGGAGCCGGUACUAACGGAAUGAGGCAGACGUUUCUGUAGUGUUGGCUAAGGAGUUAGUGGGUGGGAGAUCAGUGUGAGACUGACCUCCCUCUUGUUAGUAUAUUCUAGGCUUGAAAGGGAGCGGGGAGUUAAGCUUAUAUUGUAAGUAAAAGGGCCAAAAAUGCAAACAGAAACUUAACUCCAUAAAGUAUUUGUCCUCUUGGGACCAGGCUGAAAUAUUCUCAAGGUGACUGCUUGAGGCCCAUGUGCUGUGCAAGAGAGGAGAGGAAACUUCCUGCACAACUGUUCCAUGGGUGACUGAAGAUUUUGUAUUGCAGCUGGUGUGAUAGGGUCACAUAGUGUUACAUGACCAGGUAUCGCUGUCCCUGUUCUCUCCCUUAGUUAUGAACUGUCUUCCUUUGUGUAUUUCCUUAUGGUUUUAAGUGCUUCUCAUCAGAGAGGAGAAGAGCUGGAAGUCUCUUCCCAUUGCAGCUUCUCUGGGCUGGGAUUUUCAUUCUGCUUCUCUAGUCAGGGUCCAGGAAUAAUGGGAAAAUCGUUUGAAAACAGGAUAUGUUAGUGGAAACGAAUCAGGAAGGCGAUGAAUAAUAUUUUGUGGUAAGUGGUGGAGCAGGAAGAUGAAUUUGGCCAAGUAGUGUGGUAACUUCACUUCCAGGUUCUGUACUUCAUUAAAUCCAAUGUUUGUCUUCUGAACCACAGUCUUGUCACAUUAAGCUUUGGGCUUUGUGAUGCCCUCCUAAUGCACAUAGUAGCCCACAUCUACCCUGCCACACACACAGAUGACUGCUGUCUCAUAAUGUGCGACUCGAGUACCAGAUGUAUUUCUUGGAGUCAUAAAACAUUGCCCUCUCCCUGUGGCUUAAUGGUGAGGACAAAGCUAAUGGGUAGCUGGUGAUGUCUAACAAGCAAUUCCUCUUCAUCUGUCAAGGAAGAUACAAGCACUAGCAAAUAUCAUGGUCAUCUAUAUUGACUUAUGAUUUGUUUUAGUUUUUCUGUUAAUGAAAAUAGGCAUAUUAGAUAUGGGCUUUGGGCUGGUGGCAAGUUGCAAAUGCAUCUUGGUGCCCCAAAGCUUUGGCACUCCUAUCAGAGCAUUUGUAACAGGACAUGGGUAGCGUUACACCUUCACAUGACCGGUUUGUCUGAGGGGAAAUAUAACCCAGCAUCCAUACUUGCUUCAUUCUGUGAAUCAGUUAUUUGAACAAGCCCAGCAUUUCUUUGUACUUGGGACUGGCUCUCUGCUUCAUGAUGCCCUUUACCCUGGGAGCCCUCCAAGUCUUGGUCCAUAUUGUCUCCAUAUCAUCCAUGUCUGUCCCUUUAGAUCCAAGAAUGAUCCUUGGGUACUGCAGGUUCCCCUUAGUUUACAAAGGACAGUAGCAGUUCAGUGGAGAUUUAACAGAAAUAUAUUUUUUCCUUUUUAAAGAUAUUUUUCACAGAGAAUGCAAGAAGCAUCAAUGAAGUUGCUUGUGAUAUUUCCCUCCUCUGCUGUCCUUCUACCUUGGAUCCUCAUUCCACUGUGUCUUGUCAUGUCUCUCCUUGUCCAGAGUAAACUAGAUGACUUAUUUGUAUAAAAUGUUAUUUUGUCCCAAGCAAUAGUAAUAAACCAGGAUUUUCACAAGAA